AUGCAGCUCCUUACGCAUUUGCUCUCACUGGGCUUGGUUGUGACCUCGACAGUUUCUGCAUUCAAAGCCCCGAAAGCUACAAUCGAGUUCCAGAACAGCAAUGGAAGCCUUUUGCUCGCUUCAAAAGAAUCCGUCGUCAACGUCUUUGUCGACGGCGCAGACUGGCCCGGUGUCCUAAGAGCGGCUCACGACGUUGCCAUUGAUUUCGGUCGCGUCACCGGACUCAAUGGCACACUCACGGCUUCUGGGAAGGGAAACAAGAGUGCUGCAACUAUCUUCAAUGUCACUGGGAUUCGGCCAGAUUGGAGUGUGGGAUCUAGUGGCAAUGGAACAGGUUCCAGCACGGGAGCAGGCACUAUCAUUGCAGGCACAAUUGGAAACUCCAGUCUGAUCGAUGCGUUGAUCAAGAGUGGGAAGCUCGACGUUAGCAAUGUUGAGGGCGAAUGGGAGUCGUAUGUCAGUGCCGUGGUUGCAAACCCCAUGAAUGGCACCGAUGAGGCUUUGGUCAUUGCCGGCUCCGAUAAGCGCGGGACGAUUUACGGUCUAUAUUCAAUCUCAGAGCAAAUUGGCGUCUCACCAUGGUAUUGGUUUGCCGACGUAGCACCGAAGUCCCACGAUGCUAUCUACGCAGUCAAGUCUACAAAAGUCCAGAAAACACCAUCAGUCAAGUAUCGUGGGUUCUUCAUCAAUGACGAAGCCCCGGCCUUGACUGGAUGGGUCAAUGCAAGAUAUCCAAAGUCGCAGUGGAAUAGCGCCUUUGGCGCCCAGUUCUACUCGCAUGUCUUUGAACUUAUUCUACGAUCGAAGGGCAACUACCUCUGGCCAGCCAUGUGGAAUGGCAUGUUUGGCGCAGAUGACCUUCGCAACCAGCCCCUUGCCGACGAAUACGGUGUUGUGAUGGGGUCGUCUCAUACAGAGCCUAUGGUUCGUGCCACAAAGGAAUGGAGAAUCUUUGGCGAGGGUGGAGAAUCAGGUUGGCAGUGGGCUACGAACAAUGCCUCGCUUUACAAGUACUUCACCGACGGCAUCGAGCGCGCUAAGGACUACGAGAACGUCGUGACCGUUGGGAUGCGCGGUUACCACGACACGGCAAUGAGCUCAGAUGUCCAGACGUCGGUGCUAGAAGCUGUCGUCGAUGCCCAACAAGAAAUUCUCACAAAUGUGCUUGGCGAUGCUAGCAAAGUUCCACAGGUGUGGUGCUUAUAUAAAGAGGUUCAAGACUAUUUUGAGGCCGGUAUGAGGGUGCCCGACCAUGUCACUCUGCUCUGGACAGAGGACAAUUGGCAGAAUAUUCGAAGACUCCCCGUAGGCAAUGAGACCGAGCGUUCAGGCGGCGCUGGUGUAUACUACCACUUCGAUUAUGUUGGAGACACCCGAAACUUUAAAUGGCUUCCAACCAUUCAACUCCAAAAGACAUACGAACAAAUGCGUCUCGCAAAAGACCGCAAUGCUGAUCGUCUUUGGGUCGUCAAUGUUGGUGACAUCAAACCCUACGAGAUCCCCAUCUCGCAUUGGUUCGAUCUUGCAUAUGACAUCGAUGCUUUUGAUGAGACUAGCACACCCGCCUGGAUCGAAGACUGGGCUUCGCGAACCUUUGACAGUGAGCACGCAAAGGCGAUAUCAGAUAUCAUCGACAAGUACAACUUCCUAUCCAACAUGCGCAAAUUUGAGCUUGUUGAGCCACAGGAUUACAGUGUGCUGAACUAUCAGGAGGCUGACAAGCUGAUCGCUCAGUGGAUUGAAAUCGGCAAGAAAGCGCAAGCCAUUUUUGAUGUACUGCCGGAAUCUCAGCAGCCGUCCUUCUACCAGACCGUACUUCAUCCUGUUCUUGCGGGAGGCAAUCAUGUAGACAUACAGGUCUCCAGUGCGAAGAACAUAAUCUACUCGGGACAAUCGAGGAACAGUGCCAACAAACUUUUCCAACGAGUUCUUGAUGGAAUGAAGACGGACCACAACCUCACUCGCCAAUACCAUACACUUCUGAACGGUAAAUGGAAUCACAUGAUGGAUCAGACACAUAUCAAUUACCAGGGCUACUGGCAACAGCCCAUGCGCCAAAUGACACCUUACCUCCGAUGGGUGCAAACGCUGGAGCGAUCCCUUGCCGGUGAUAUGGGUGUCACCGUUGAAGGCAGCAAUGCGACAAUUCCAGGUGAUGAUAUUUGGCAUUCAAAUGGCGGAGGAUCAUUGGAUCUCGUACCAAUUUCCCCAUACACGCCACCCCGCUGGAUUGAGAUCUAUAGCGUCGGCACGCAACCUUUCGAUUGGAAGAUUCAGGCGGAGCCCUUUGUUAAGCUCUCCAAGUCCUCUGGCACCAUUUCUCCUGAUGAUGAUGAUGUUCGUGUAUAUGUCGAGAUUGAUUGGACGAAAGCACCCACUGGCACUGGCAAGAAGACCGUUCUCAACAUCACAUCCUCUACUGGUUACGGAACUCAGUAUGGCAUGCCGACUGUCAAUCUUCCCAUCAACAACACCGUUAUUCCCUCCUCCUUCACAAAUGGUUUCGUCGAGUCUUCUGGUCAGGUUGCCUUCGAAGCCGAGCACUACACACGGGUCACUCCAAUUGGGAAUCUUUCCUACCAACUACUUCCAGGCCUUGGCCGCACACUCUCUGCAAUCAAACUCAACUCGAACUCCGAAGCGAGUGCGGGUCUCACCUCAUCUACCGCCCCGUUACUCGAGUACGACUUCUAUACCUUCACGCCCACCACUGCCGCAAAAGCUCUUAACGUGACCCUCAUCUUCUCUCCUACCCUCAAUAUCAACCCCAAGCAGCCUCUCGCUUACAUUGCUCAGAUCGACGACAAGCCUGAGCAGCGCCGUCAAUACGUUGUGGAUCAACCUCAACCCAAGUUCCCAGCCGGUUGGGAGUUUGCAGUUGCCCAGAAUGCCUGGAAGAAUGUUACCAGCUGGGGCGAGGUCAAACCAGGAGCACAUACUUUGAAGCUCUGGCUUGUAGAACCGAAUGUUGUGCUUCAGAAGGUCGUCUUGGAUUUGGGUGGGGUCGUGUAUAGCCAUAAUGGACCACCCGAGAGCUUCCGCGUUGGACGCAACGGAACAGCCGCUAGGAGAGACUUGUAA